UUGACAACAGUGCUGAUUACCAUAUCAUAAAUUUUGCGGUUCACAACCCAGCAAUAAAAGUUCCUUUACCAUUUCCCUUACAUUCCGCGAACAUGUGCUUCUCGCCCACCUUGCACAAAGUAGCAUUCGUUCUCGCUUCAUUGCUCUCCCAGGUCACUUUCGCAAAUACAGAGAACGCAACAUACGGAUACAUCGUUCAUAAUCAACUUAAUGUGGAGUCUUACGUUGCCGGCGAUUCGUUUGACCCUUAUUGUGGCACUGCAUCCACCCUAGCCGUUUCCGCUGGCUUUGCAACAGCAGCAUUUGCAAUCCUUCAAAAUACCAAUACAUGCACAUCCCUUGUUUACAAUAUGUUCUUGGCCGAGGUAGUAGGGGGUUGCCUUUGCAGUUUUUAUCAAGACUCCAAAUGUGACCAAUCGAGCGGAAACCAUACAAUGGUCGUAGCUUCUUUAGAUCCGAAUGGCGCAACCGCUCAGAGAAAAGCCGAUCCAGCCUGGUCUAUCCUCUACUAUCAAUGCAUGCGCUUCAAGGGAAAGCCAUCGGAACCGCCAAUGUAUACAGCAACGAUAUCACGCUGAUCAAC